UAAAGUAAAAGAGAAAAAUUUAUCACCCAGUUCGACACCCCGAAAAAGGGGUUCUCCGAGUCAGCCGGUGAUAUUGUUUUUUUGAAGUUGUAUUGUCUCUAGGCAGCGAGCUUCGAACUACAUUCUUAGAAAAUCUCUGCGAGACUAUUUUUUCUUUUGUUGGGGAGAGAGGGAUGAAUAGGGCAAUAAAAGCAGCCAUUUUCAACUCACAAAGCAACUAUCUUUUCCAGAGGGCUGCCUGCUUCCAUUCCACUCCCGUCCUUGAACAUAAAAGACGCAACCAUUGGCAAUUUGUUAAGAGGCCCAGAAGGCUACGUGCAAAACAACAAUUAUUGCGCAAUAUUGGUGCUUAUGCAGACUACAUAUUGGAGAGCUGGAAAGAUGAGUUUCAUGAAGAUGAUCCAUCAUCAAGCAGAGGCCCCUCGUGGUUCAAAAAGCAGUACAGUAAGAGAUCCAGAAGAGAUUGGCCUGGCAAUAGGGAAUUUCAAUACAGGGGUAGAAGACCUUUUGAGUUUUGUGAAGACAAUGAUGAUGACAUCGAGAGCAUAUUUGGGUCUGCAUUUGGUGGAAGCCGGUUCUUUUAUUGGUCCUUCAUUAAUGAGGAGAAUCCUCAAUGGAGGAACUCAUCCAGAUACUCAAAUAAGUAUGAGGAAUAUUGGAAGUGGAGACAUCGAUUUGAUGAGGAUUCUGACUCCUCAACAGAAUCUGGUACUUCUGAGAGUUCAGACCAAGAGACGAUUGCAGACAGGCAGGCCCUUGGGCUAAGUGCAUCUGGCCCUCUAACACUUGAAGACAUUAAAAAUGCAUAUCGAGCCUGUGCACUGAAAUGGCAUCCAGAUCGUCAUCACGGCUCUUCCAAGGCUGUUGCGGAGGAGAAAUUCAAGCUUUGCAACUCAGCAUAUCAGUCUUUGUGUGAUAAGUUGGCUGUAAACUGAGGAUUCUUUUGAAGCAUGUUCUCUAGCUUUCUUCAAGCCACUAUAUUUCUUCGGAGGUGAGGAAAUCUGUCAUGUUUAUGACAGUAAGAUUGACAUUUUGUAGUUUAGAUUCAUUGAGAUAAUGGUGCUGUGGUGUGGGCUACGUGAAUUCAGUUUCGUUCCCCCCCAUGUGUACUGUGGCAUAAACACCAGCUAUGGUGAUUUUAUGUGAUUUAACAUUUAAAUGCAUCAUAAUUUAUACUAUCAUUUAUCAAGAAUGAUGACAAGAAUGAGCCUCUGUUUCUCAUCUGGGUUGGUUGCCAGAAUUGAGGGGGACUAUGAAUAACCGAUGAUGAUAUUCCAAACACUUCCAUCCUUUCCCAGUCUCACAGCAGAUAUUAUUAUUAGAUUUAGUUCAAGUUUUCUGAAGAUGGGAUUAUUGGGAAAUGGAAGGAUCUUGCCUGCUCAUGAAUGAUCUGUGCUUAGUGAAAAACAUGUAUGAUGGAACGGGUUUAAAUUGGAACAAGGAAAAUAUGUUCUGGAAAUGUUGAUGGUAAGCAUGAAACUUUUUGGAAGUUUGCAUCUUACUUUGUUACUGUCUUAUU